AUGUCCGACGAUAUCACGCUCGCAGGUUAUCUUUUCAAGCGCCUUCAUCAAGUUGGCCUGCACACCGUGCAUGGCGUCCCUGGAAAUCACAACCUCGCAGUACUGAGAGAAGCCACUGAUGCAGGGCUUGAAUGGGUCGCACACCGUCGCGAUCUUAGUGCUGGGCUUGUCGCAGAUGGAUAUGCACGAGUCAAGGGUAUCGCCGCCCUGAUAUCUUCGUUCGAGAAUAUUAUGCUAUCGUCGCUCUCAACGGCAAUCGCUGCCUCGUACCAAAAUAGGAUCCCAGUUGUGCUUGUCAUUGGGACGCCUCAACGCAAGGCACAAGCUCAGGCUUCCAAAUUCCACCAUUCAUUUUUCGACGCGCAGCCUGAUAUCCCGCGACUGCUUGAUAAUUUCCAAAUACUCGCUGACUGCUUCGAGAAGAUCACCAUCACGCAGGAGUUUCUUGUUGACCCUGGUGAGGCGACUGCCCAGAUUGAUACUGCCAUUCGAGGAUGUAUCAUGCAAUCUCUGCCUGUUUACAUUGAAUUGCCGGAAGACUUGGUCAACUGUAUGGUACCAGCUAAGGGACUCGUUCAGCGCUUGGACUUCACAACUCCGCCUCACGAUACUGAGAUGGAAAACACGGUAGUGGCCAGCAUCAUGAACAAAAUUAGACACGCACAACGACCCCUGAUCCUCGUGGAUGCGGGUGUUCCAUCUUGUGGUCUUAUUAAGGAAGCGAACCAGCUGGCGAAGACGACUAGAUUUCCAACCGCUGCGACCCAGUUCAGCAGAGGUGUUGUAGAUGAGACACUUAAAAACUUCCAUGGGGAUAUCUCGGAUUUCGAUAUGUACGGUUCAUAUUUCAGAUCUUCCGACCUAAUCCUCCUGAUUGGACCACUGAAUACCACUGAGUGGGCUGCGACUGCCCUGUUCGAGGCGAAGACAGCACAAACCGUCACGUUCAACAGAAAUUCUGUUGUCAUCGGAGACCAGAAAUACGAGCUCUUUUCUAGACCUGUGCUCCAGCAGAUUCUAAACUGCCUGAGUGAGAGGAAAGUCCGUGACCUCUCGCCCUACCCAACUUUACCCAAUUUCCGCGACAGCAUUGAUAUGCUUCCAACUCAGAAACAGCAGUCACUCCUUCAACAUGACAUUUAUUGCACAUUUUGGCGACGGAUGUCCCUUUUCUUCCGUCCAGGCGACAUUAUCUUGACCGAAACCCCCGAAGCCCAGGAUGGAGCACGCUGUUUUGUUUUGCCGCGGGAUACAAUCUUGAUCAACCCUGGUGCUCGGAAGUUCCCCGGACACAUGCUUGCUACCACCUUGGGUGUUGCUCUGGCUCAACAAGAUCUUGCCAAGACAAACUACCUCUUUUCACGCGGACGAACAGUCCUCUUUACAGGAGCUGAGGGUUUGCAAAAGGCUCAAAAUGACUUGAGAGCCAUUAUCGAUAAGCGGCUCAAUCUCAUCAUGUUCGUCAUUAAUGAAGGAGCACCCAUCAUUGAAAGUCUAAUGCACAAAAUGGAAUACCAACGACAAGAUUCUGAUCCCUGGCAAUAUUCAGAGUCUGUUUCUUUCUUUGGAGCCCCCCCAGACCACAUCUUACCCAGUCUCCGUCACCAUAGCCAGAACAUGGAGCGACUUUGA